CUAAGAAGCAUUAGAGUGACGAUCGGACGCGUUGGACGCGAGUUCAAAUUGAGAUACACGAAUGUAUUUUGGUUGAGACUUAAUUACUGGACGCAAUAACAUGAACAAGGCACAUUUGCGUAAUCAAGACAGCACACUGGAAAGUAUCGGAAUGCUAAUGUACAGUCGCCACUGUUAUGCAAAGCCCAAUAUUUGCGUAAAGGCUAGCAGGCUCAGCUAACAGUUGCAAUAGCACCGUAACAACGUUUCAUAGUCAAGACGGAUUUGGCCGACAAACCGUCAUCAAAUGGCUACUACAGUCUUGGGAGUCGGCACAGGCGUUUUGGUCAUCACUGCUGUUUGGAUCGUGACUUUUGUGCUAUGGUUGUUUCUGCUGAGGGCAUCAGGAUCAUCAAAGCUAGGAGUUAUUCCGGUCUUCCUCUUGGCUCUCAUCAUUACCCUGGCACUAGUGUUUUUCCCUCGAAGCCCAACAACCCCAUCUGCCUUCAAAGAGAAAGAAAUAGUGGACACUUUGUUCAUCGCUCGCUACGUGCUGCUGGCUUUAGCGAGUGUGAUCUUUCUCUGCGGGCUGUUCAUGCUGCUCCCCUUUCAUUUCUUGGAGCCUGUCUACGCUAAAGCUUUGAGAACACACUAGAAGAAUUGGCACUGCAUCACAAUGCCGCCGAUGUCAACGACCAAAAAAAGAAGAGAAGCCAGCAAGAGGCCCACUUUAUCUGAAUCACAGACUGUGGAACCCAAAUAAGUGAAGAAACUUUCCCAGGGCCAACUUCUCAUUGGUUGGAGAGUGGCUUUUGCAUCAACAUUUGUUAUUUUCUAAAAGCCACUCGAUAGACACCGUCGUAAUGCCUUCACUGUCAAUUUGGAUCAUUCCAAUGUUCUCAUGCUAUGUAUAAUCGAGCAGAUGCUUCUGGUGAGUUUCUCAAUAAAACGCUCGCCCUCUU